AUGUUAGCGCAACCCACAAGACGUCAGCAUAUUGUACCACAGCACUAUACGCUGACCAUCCCGUCACCACCUUCCUCACAACACCUUGCCUACCAACAAUUACCACAACAACACUUUGCCACACAACAACAGCUGUUUGACCAGAAGCUGCUCCACAACUAUCUUGAGUCUCAGCAGCAGUCUUACAGCACACCUAUCAACGUCACCGACUCUUUCAUGACGAGCGCAUACACCGACCUUGCGAACCCGGCAAUCCGCGUCCAGCAGUCGACUCCCACACCCCAGCCUCUCUACCAAUCAUCCAUGCUUUCGAACGGCUGGAACUCAUAUGGUAAUGUACAAGGGCAGUCACUGCAGACACCCGUACAGAACCAGAACAAAGGACAUCAGCGCGCAUCCUCUUCUUCAUCGGUAGGAUCCAGUGCUUCGCAGUACCAGUCUGCAACUGCAACCAGCUAUCAGUCAUUCUCGAAUCAUCUGCCCACUCCUUCGCACACACCUACUCAAGACUCGUUCAUGAGCCAGAGCACCUUCAACAACUACGCACAGCCGGCCAACAUGGACCAGACCAUGGCUGCACACAUGUCGAUGAAGCAGGCACUGAUGGAUCAGGGCGACGAUGUGCCUGACUUUGCACACUCAGCAAGGCAGUCAGUGUCUAGCUACGACUCACCGGCGACACCACACACGGCGUUGGAUGACUCUGAUGUCAAGCCCGCAAAUGGUGAGACUCUCCGCAAGGUCGAUUCAUGGCUUUUCAAUCUGUUCUGUACUUACGAUGCACCACCAGACACAAGACAGCAGCCCAUUGUACCGAAGUUCGAGAGGACGUACACAGACAUUGCUGCCGACAAUUUCUACGAUCCCAACGCUGUAUCCGCACCAGCAGUACAACAGUCAAAGCCUGCACAGUCAUCGCUGUUGUCACCUUACCGCAGCAACACCACAGAGAACGUUCAGCGUGCGCUGCAGGCAGCGCAGUACGCGCGGUCGCACUCGCCAAGCAGCACAGCAUCGCGUGGCGACUCUCCAUUCCGCAAGGGGUCACCCUACCGUCAACCCAACCACAGCUUCAACUCACCAAUGCUCGGCACUGCUGCUGCAACACGUGAGCAGAACCGCCAGGCUGAUGCAGCUUACGCAAUGAAGCCGCAGAUGCGGUCCGAGGAAUCGGUGGUAAAGACCAUCUCGCCCAAGGAUGCCCUUCUGGAUUACCGAGAGGACGAGGACUCGAAGAUGCCAUUGUUCCCGGAUGGUGGCGCAAAUGAGUACGACGGCCAAUACAAUGGUGGCGACCAAUAUAGGAGCACCACCCAAUCCAGCUUUGACACAGCAUCAGCACAGUCCUACCGACGUGACAGUUGGGCGACACCACAGUUUUCACCAAACUUCUCGACAUCAACUGCACCUUCGCUACCGACAACAUCAAGCUUCAACUUCGUUACUCCUGCGAUCAGCAACAUGUCCAGCAUGCCCAUGGGUGUGACAUCACAAUACCGAUCUAUUCCCAUGACUUCGGCAGUGGAACAGACACCUGAGUUUCCUGCUCAUCCUCACCUGACCUCGAUGGAGUCUAGCGCCAGCGAGGCUGAUCCACCUAAUGGUAGCCAGUCCAGCGUCGAGCAGUUCUUGCGCAAGCCAGCAUCAUCCGCCGCGGACUCCGGGACGUAUUCUUGCACAUACCAUGGAUGCUCACAGCGAUUCGAGACUCCACAGAAGCUCCAGAAGCACAAGCGUGAGGGUCAUCGGAAUGCAAAUCUCGGCCCCAGUAUGACAUCAGCGGCUAUCCUAGACCGCAACACACAAGCGGGGCCGCACAAAUGUGAGCGCAUCAACCCCACAACCGGCAAGCCUUGCAACACGAUCUUCUCCCGACCGUACGAUCUCACCCGUCACGAGGACACCAUUCACAACGCCCGCAAGCAGAAGGUCCGCUGCGCAUUGUGUGUUGAGGAGAAGACCUUCUCACGCAACGAUGCGCUGACGCGACACAUGCGCGUGGUGCAUCCCGAGGUGGACUUUCCAGGGAAGCACAAGCGUCGUGGUGGUUCUGAUUGA